UUUGUAAGAUCGAUACAUCCUUCAAAUCCAGCCACUAACUCAUGCGGUACCCCAUCAACUAUUUCCUUUCCCACUCCUACUCGACCUGACGGCAGUUGCGACUGCACACAAUCAUGGCAGGUGUAAUGGCGGUGCACCACAAACAGCCCUCCACCGUCUUCCUCUCUUCCUCUCUCUCCGAUUUCAAUGGCUUCAAACUCACCGCCUCGCUCCAGUAUAAGAGGAGAGCGCGCCAUCCAAAAGGAGCAUUGCGUGUUACAGCAUCGAGCGCUAAGAAAAUCCUUAUAAUGGGAGGCACCAGAUUCAUCGGCAUAUUCUUGUCCCGGCUUCUUGUCAAAGAAGGCCACCAGGUCACACUGUUUACCAGAGGGAAAGCACCUAUUGCGCAGCAAUUGCCGGGCGAAUCGGACUCUGAUUUUGCUGAUUUUUCCUCCAAGAUCUUGCACUUAAAGGGAGACAGGCAGGACUUUGAUUUUGUGAAGAGCAGCCUUGGAGCCCAAGGAUUUGAUGUCGUGUACGAUAUUAAUGGACGCGAAGCCAUUGAAGUGGAACCUAUAUUGGAUGCUUUACCAAAUCUAGAACAGUAUAUAUACUGCUCAUCAGCAGGGGUUUACCUCAAAACCGAUUAUCCACCACAUUUCGAGACUGAUGCAGUUGAUCCCAAGAGUCGACACAAGGGAAAGCUUGAGACAGAGAGCUUAUUGCAAUCACGAGGUGUCAAUUGGACAUCUCUUAGGCCUGUCUACAUCUACGGUCCAUUAAACUAUAACCCUGUUGAAGAGUGGUUCUUCCACCGGCUGAAAGCAGGGCGCCCCAUCCCGAUUCCAAACUCAGGAAUACAAAUAACACAGCUUGGCCAUGUGAAGGACCUGGCAACGGCCUUUGUUAAGGUUCUUGCGAAUGAGAAGGCAAGCAAACAAGUGUUCAACAUAUCGGGAGAGAAAUAUGUGACCUUUGAUGGAUUGGCAAAGGCUUGUGCUAAGGCUGGUGGAUUCCCCGAGCCGGAGAUCAUUCAUUACAAUCCAAAAGAAUUUGAUUUUGGGAAGAGCAAAGCAUUCCCCUUCCGAGAUCAGCAUUUCUUUGCAUCGGUUGAAAAGGCCAAGAGUGUGCUGGGGCUUCAGCCGGAAUUCGAUCUGGUGGAAGGCCUUACCGACUCUUAUAACCUAGACUUUGGCCGCGGAACAUUUAGGAAAGCGGCCGAUUUUACUGCGGACGACAUAAUUCUUGGAAAGAAGCUUGUUCUCCAGAGCUAGGACAGGACAGGACAGGACAUGUAUGUAUAUUUUCAUCGUCAUCAGCCUUUGUCUAUCUUUCUCCAUUGUUGGUUUUGAGUUCAAAUGCAACUUAUUGUUAUAUAUAUAUAUAUAUAUUAUACACACAUCUCAUGAUUUUAAUACCAUCUUUAGUCUCA